AACGCAUCUAACGUGAACUAUUCGUUGGCAAUGCCGUCAAAUGGUUUACGUCACGUGCUACGCGAAGCGUCAACAAUUUCGGAAAAAAUUUUUCAACUCAGAAAGCUACCUGACAGUAUUACUGAAAUCGAGAAGCUGCUGGAGCAGGCGCGCCAACUGGUCUCCACGGUUACAGUCGAUACGCUCGGUGUCGUGCUUCCGAAUCGUCAUGGCUUGGAGUCGAUGACAUCGCCAAUGUACUAUGCGGAUAUUUAUCAGUCUGAGUACAUGCAUGUGUGCCUGUUUGGUUUCAAAGACUGUGAUUUCGUUCUGCCACUGCAUGACCAUCCGGGGAUUUAUGGUUUUGUGAAGGUCAUUCGCGGAGCAAUAACCGUAAAUUCGUACACCGAAUUGCCUUCUCAUGCAGCACUGAGAAAUAUUAUUGCCGCCCGUUCCAGUAGUAAUAAAGAUUGUUGCAGAUUCGAAGGGCAGUUCAGUCGCUGGAGCAGUGAUGAGUGCGUUUGCUUGAGCCCCUCCUGUGGUAAUAUUCACUCCAUAGCGGCAUUGGAAGAUGGCGCUGCUUUCUUCGAUUUACUCAUUCCCGGAUAUGGCGAUAAGCCUUGUACAUACUACAGCAUGCUGGGCCGAAACUCAGUUCAGCCAAAGCAGAGAUGCUUCCUGCAGAAAACUGGUGAGCCGGAAGACUACUCCUGCCACGUGCUGCCGUACAAAACUGUAAAAAUUCUGUGA